CUCAAGGGAGAAGAAACCCCCUAUCUCUUUUAUGAUUAUGAUUUAACAAUCGGGUUAUAUCUUCAAAUACUCUUGUCUCCGCAUCUCUCUCUCUCUCUCUCUCAUCAAUAGCUGCUUUAUUUUCCCACACCGCUUCCGAAGUUCAAAACUAAAACAAGUUCUAAUCUUUCUCCUAUUUGGUGAUUCCAUUGGUUGGAUUACUUCUGCAAAAGUCAUAGACACGGUGUAUUGCAGGUUCGAGAUGUCUCAAGAUUCAGGGUUGAGAGCGGUGUGUCACGGUUCAGAAAUAAUGAAUAUUAGAAUGCUGCAAACCAACGCACGUGGCUACCUUGAAAAGGCAUUGUCGGAGCAGGAAAAGGCAUUCUUAGAGCAGGAUGAAGCCUUGAAAGUAUCCGAAGCUCAGAAGAAAGAUUUGAAGAAACAGCUUGAGGAGAGUGAAGCUCAGAACGAAGUGCUUAAGAAACAGCUUGAGCAGAGUGUUUCUCGGAAUAAAGUGCUACAACAAAGGAAUAACAGCAUUAGGUUGGAAUAUCUAAAGGAGUUACAGCUUUCAGAAGAACAUAAGAGAGAAAAGAAUGAAUUGUUUAAAACAAUCAUUGAAUUGGAAAAGCAGCUUGACGUCAAAACUGCAUUGGCGCUAGAGAUUGAGCGUAUAAGAGGUGCUUUAUUGUUAAUCAAACAAAUGCAUGAAGAUGGGGAUUUGCAAGGGCGAAAUAAGAUGAAUAAGAUUGAGGAACUGUUAAAGAAGAAGGAAGAGGACUUGACCAUGGUCGAACUUAUCGUCAAGGAGUGGAUAAGUAAUGAUGAAAUUCAGGAAGCUCAGAAGGAGUUGAUCGUUGGACUGUGGGAUUCAUCAAAGCAGGCUUUUAUUCAUGUGAAGAGAGUGGGAGUUGACAUCAAUCCAUUUCAAACUGCAACCAGCAGAAAUUUUUUCAAAGAAGCAAAUAUUGAAUUGUUGGAGUUGUGGUCUUUAUGGGCCGAUUAUACUAGGGACGAGAGCUGGCACCCAUUCAAAGUUAUUGUGGAUAAAGUAGGAAAUGCAAAGGAAAUUAUUGAUGAGAAGGAUGCCACAUUGAAAUUUAUAAUGAACGAGUUUGAUGAAGAAUUUUACAAGUUUGUCACAACUGCCUUGGUCAAAGUGAACGAGAAUGAGAACAAGAAUGAUCCCAGUUAUAAUCAUAUAAGACCCGUGAUGUGGAACUGUAAGACAGGGAGGAGAGCUACAGUUAGAGAUGUAUAUUUGAAAGCGGUGGAUUGGUGGAACAAAGCAUAAAGUGAGAAGAAUAUGGUAAAUUUAUCUUGAACUUUAGAGUUUCCAAAUCAAGAGAAUUCGUUGUUUGAGUUCUUAAUUUCAUGUUUCUAUGCGGUUGUAAUCUUUCGGACAUCUUUCGGAAUGAAUUGUAGCAAAACUUUAGAACCAGUCGGUCCUUUGCUAUAAAAUCUGAUAUGGUAAUGAGGAUGACAUCUUCUGAAUGAA